CCGAUAUAUGUAACUGUUCAGUUUGGUUAUUUAAAAAACACAACCAGUCAGAAAACCAAACAUAGCAAGCACUGAUUCAAAACUGAACAAAAGCACAACUGACAUCAACCUCACAUGUCACGCGAUGUAUACAAGAAAAAGUGAAUCACAGCACAAUUGCUUACAGCGAGUCACAAUCAUUUAAACCUAAUAAUAAGUAUUCUUAACGCCAUAACUCACUUCCUUUUCUGUCGCUAAAAGUGAAAAACGCGUUUAUUACGAAAAGAUAAGAAGCUGUAUACUUAAAUCAUACACUACAUAACGUACAUGAGAAUAGUUUAUUUUUAUUUUACAUUGUACUCCUUCAGUCAGUUUACAACUCAAAGGGGUCCUGUCAACAACUUUUUUAGAUUUCAAGAAUUGCAUUGUCGAAAUGUGUCAAAUUUAUAAAAAAUCAGCUGCGGCGUCACAUUUUCGCCUGUUUAAUAUUUUUUUCAAACAUUUCAAAGUGCUUACUGGAUUGCUUGUUGUAGCUUUUGCAGCCCAUAUUUCCGAUGCGAACCAGCGUGGGUACACUCUGCAUUACGAAGAACAACCCCACGAGAUUCAACAACAACCUGAACAACCAUGGAUUGGAUCUCACAGUCUCAAAUUCACUCCGAACCCGUUUCUCAAUCAAAUAUCCGUCCCACAAACAAAGCAAUUCCCAGACGCGUCAGAAUCCAGCUUCCACCCAGACUCAGAGGCUCCCCUCUCAUUCACGACUACGGAACCUUCUUCCCUCAUCGCCUUCUUGAACAACGGGACGACCGGAGAAGCAGGGACGUCUUUUCCACCACUCGUGGCGUCAAUGGGAAAAAGGGGGAUGAAGAGUCGAAGGAAGGUCAAAGGGCGUCGGCGAUUUUCUUCUCAAGCUCCGAUUAGGAACAAUGCAACUCGCUACCAGUCCAAGAGGAGUAAAAUUGAUGGAAGCAGAACUCAGUUCAGGACGAGAAAACCAAGGGCAAAAAUAAUUGUACAUUUGUCCAAAAAUGACGCUUCGACAGACCAAGAGCCAAGUAUUGACAAUGACUUCAACAGAGGUCAAAUCGAGUUUCUGCCAAUAGACCAGGUCAGCAUGGGUAUGGAACACUCGGUUUCUCCUCCACCAACCGCCAUUUCUUCUCCAGAAUUACUCAUGAUUACGGCACCACCACCCAUACAAUCUGAAAACGUGAUCGUGGAGAACAAUCUGGUCCCAAUGGAUAUGCUAAAUCAUCCUGAAAAACUGAAUCCAUCGUAUUUCCGCAACAUAAUCCUAAAGACGAUGAUGGAUAAGUUGGUCGGGGUUGGAAUUGCCACGCAUGCACCCACUUUAACACGGACUCAGGUGUAAUUCAAGUUGUUUUGUCACAUUUUAAUUAUUGUUUUCUUGUACCUCGUUUUGUUUGGGUCAGUAUAUUCUGUAUUUUGAAAUAAGUCCUAUUAUUGUAUUAUGUUUUGUGUUUGUGCAUAAAGUAAAUAAAGUGUUAACAAUGUAUCAA